AUGGCGCGCUGUAGGGUCAAGCUCGAUCUUGGCCCUCAUGGCAAGGUUCUCGCCUCCGUGAUCGACUACGACGAUGCAAAGAAAGUUGCUGCUGGUCGCUUCGACGUGCACCCAUCCAAUGUGCAGCUCUUUGUCAGCGAUGGAGAGGAUCUGUGGGAGCUGCACCCUUCGGCUUUCCAGGACGUGGUAGCAGACAAUGGUGUCAUUGUCGCCAAGAGUAUCUCUCGAACAUCCCAACCGGCAGUCUCAACAGCAGCAACAUCAUCAUUGUCAUCGACAUCAGCUCCAAUCCCCAUAUCUUCACCCGUUGUCCCGAAGCGAGAUCUCUCUGGUGACACGGCACCUAGACCGGCGCUACCUGCCACCACAGGCCUCUCGACCCCGUAUUCGCGCCCUGCUCGUCGACGCUCGGCCAGCGCUUCGUCCAUAGAAAGCAUUGAGACGAGCACCAGCAGCGCCACGAGCUCUUCGUCAUCGUCGUCGUCCUCUUCAUCAUCAUCAUCGUCCGACGACGAUCGACGAUCUGAAUCCGUACAGGAUGUCACGGCCACUGCUGCCACUACUCGUACCGUCAUGGGGCCCAAUGGCCUUCCUGUCUCCUCCAAGGAGCGCUGGGAUCCCAAGACACACCGUCUCAUGUUUGAGAAGCUCAACGAAAUCAUCAGCUCGGAAACAAUCUUCUACACGCGCAAGUACACCGAGGAACGGUAUCGUAUAUUCCAACUGCUGAUCGACAGCUACGGUGACAAUGGCGUUCGAGGCAACUUCUUGCGUGGAAGAACUGCUGCUGCUUUCAUCUCUCGUGUUUCAGGUGUGCUCCGCACCGCACGCGAGAGGGGCGAAAAGAUCAAACAGCCAUUCAAGUUCUUUUUCCCGAACAAGAAGGACGAUGAGGUGGUCCCUCGAUCGGCGACGGUCCCUGCCGGAACAUCCACCGAGGCCAAUGUACGAGCAUCCGUGCACACCAAUGGAGGUGCAGGUCGAGCCCGGACGCUGCCAGCUCCGGCUGAUGGAGCAUCAUCUCGGAAGCGCAACAAUAAUGCGAAUCGAGCAGCAGCAGUAUCGGCAUCAGUCUCAGCAUCGACAGCACAGACGGCAUCCAGGGCGUCAGCACCUGGCAGUGCAACACCAGUGAUGCCACGGGUGAAUGGUAAAGGGAAACAGCCAGCAAGGACCAGCGGUCAAGCUCCACCCCAGAUUCGUCGAAGCACUACGAACGCGGCAGCUACAGCAUCGGCUUCCCCGAGAGGUGCAAAGAGACCUUCCAAUGGCGCGUCUGCUCCCACAGCACAGACGAAGAAACCAAAGGCACAACAAGCAAAGGGACAAUUACAACAGGGACACACGCAGAAGGGGCAACCCCAAAAGGGACAACCGCAAAAGGGACAAUCUAGGUCAUCUCAGAGGCCCCCGACUGCGCCACGGCCGCCAGCGUCGACAAAUCCUCGGGGCCGAUCUGUAUCGCCUCAUCAGGAUCGGGAUGAUGAUGGGCGACGCUAUUCGCAGAGCGUCAGGGACCGUUCGCCACGCAGGGGCUGGGAUACAUGGAUUCGCGCGAGAGACGAACCGAGCUCCAAUGGCUCUGCGACAGAACUGCGAGAGGACGGGGCGGAUCGCGCUCGUCGACCGACGGUAUCGCUGCCGAGGCGACCGAGUUGGACUGAUCGUGUCGAUCACCAGCAGCUCGACCAUCGAUCGGCAGAAUCGAGCAGGCAGGACCAGAGUCGGGAUGCCAAUGGCCUCGAAGAUUCGCUCUUCAGAGCAGACACGCGAUCGCCUCCUCCCCGCCAGAUGCAGCAGUCGUCAAUCCCUCGUAGGGGUAGAAGUGCGUCGAGAGGGUUACAACCGGAGCCGUCAUCGCAGCAGAGCAGUCCUCGGACGCGUAGGAAUGCGGUGGAGCGCGCGCUCGAGCAUCUGGUCCAAGUUGGUGCCAACCCUUCCGGCUCGCCGGACGACAUAGGAGGUGGAGGCAAUCGGCGAUGGAACGUCCCUUCCAUCGAACUGCCUUGGACGCCAGCUCGCCGGCUUGCUUCGGACGUGCUAGAUUCUACAGUCCGUCUACCCAGGCUGCUGCGCUUCUCGGACAGCGAUGCGAAUGGGCGGGACGAUAGAGAAGACCGUUUCUCGCCGAGCUCGGAGAUAGCAGAUGUGUGGACCCGGCAAUCAUGGCUGAGUGCCUUAUUGGAUCGGAACUUUGGUACGCAAGCUCAUCCGAAGCGAGACUGCGCCUCCUCUUUCCGCGGAGUCACAUCCGAGCUCACCGCGCAUGUCCGGUCUGUGCAAGAGGACUCCUUCAGGUCGUGGGCCAAUCGAUGCUCGUGGAAGGCAACCGUCUCUGUGCGGCUCUGUGCACCCAUCGCUGAGGACCGAAGAGCAAAGGCGAAGGAAGGCACGAGGCGACACGGUCUUGGCACGAUUUUCGAGCUCGCGAUUCGUUCCGCUUCGGGUGUCACCCUCAGCCAAGGCAGCCAACUCUAUAAUGGCACAAAGCUACGGCAAUGUAAGAACAAGAAGACCCUGAAGCGCCGUCAUUGUGUCACGGAAAUUUGGUUCCGGUCCUGA